GCUAAGUAACGCUAACCAUGACAAACUUGAGGUCUAUUUAAUAGCUAUCUGAAUGUGCCCGAUGUCUAAACGUGUUUGAGGAUAUAUUUAAAGAUCAUUCAACAUUGUGCGGGUAGUCAAUAUUUCGCUGCGUCAAGAAAAGUAGCUAACCCUACCUGAAUAAGAGUCGUUCAAAUACAUGUAGAAACACCUAAAGCAAGAACGAACUAUUAUCAAACUGUCCACGGCACAGGACAUGGACCUGGAUAUUAGAAAAUAUCUGAACAGGGCGAGGGAACAAAAAGAUGUUGAGGCUGUGCGGCUAGCAUACCAGCUGAUCACAGACGCGCUCCCCGAUGGAGGAGGCGCGCGCCGGCCCUGCUGCGCCGCGGAGCUGCUCGUGCUGUGUGCAGAGGAGGCUCUUCAGUUGGGUUGCGUGGAGAUAAGUGUGGCGUGUCUAAAGUCGUACUUUGAAGGGAACCCGGCGACUAAUCAGUUCCUUUGUCGAGCCUACCUCUGCAAGGGCCAGCUGAGGUCUCCAGCAACCAGCGGGAACGUGGACGACUUUCAAAGUGCGCUGCUGUAUUUUCAGAAGGCCAUUGAGAUAUCAAAGAACAAUCCGAGAUACCACUUCCUGGUGUUCAACACAUCGCUGCGCUUCCUCCAGGCCAUGCGUCCGCUGCUGCGGCCGGGUCUGCGGGGCCGCCUGGCGCCCUCGCUGGCGCUGUUGGUCUCGGCGUUGGAAGAGGCGGCAGAGCCUGACUACAGCUGGAGGGCCGAGCUCAUGAUACAUCUGGUGGAGUGCCUUGUGGAUGCUGGGAGGAGGGAGGAUGCCUGCAGAUAUUCCACCGUUACAUCAGAAUUUGUCGCGUCACACGCCCCUCAUCUGUAUCCAGAAGUCCUCACCCUCAUGGCUCGGUACCAGCUGCUGGGGGACAGUAGCCCAGAUAUGACCACACACGCUCCCAGUGGGGCAGUUCUUCAUCAAAUACUCAAGCUUAAAAACAGGGUGGAGGGAGGAGAGAGAGAGUCGUGUCUUCUCAGCGAGGAGGAUGUUGUGGAGCUCAAAGAAGUUUUCAGUCUGCUGGCUGAACACGCAGCAGGACCCCAUGCCGUGAUGCCGGGGGAGACUCCAACUAACACAAGCCAGACCUCUGCAGCCAUCCCCCCUGCUGAAAGAGUUGUGUUGCUGCUGGAGCUGGCUGUGCUUGGCCUGCAGUGGAAGCAACAGGAGGUGGUCGCCAGCUGCUUAAAGGAGCUGAGAUCAGCCAAAGAAACAACGGCCAGCCAACAUGUCAUGCUGGAGUGCUUCCAGUGUGAACUCAACGUUCUGAGGAAGCAAGAGAAGAUGAGCGUCUAUUCCAAAGCCGGCAUCGAGGCGCGGCUGAAGGAGAUAGGGAAGCUGGAUCGGUUGCUGAGGCGCGUGGCGGCGGCGGCGGGCGAGGCAGACCCCAGAGCGGUGCAGGCGGUGUGUGCCACCCAGUGGAGCGUCUGCCUGCCCCUGCUGCAGCGCAACCUCAGGAAACGCGUCCGGGCGGAGCUGCAGAGGGUGGCCCAGGCCCUGGAGGACAUCAACAGCAUGCUGCUGGAGACCCGCUGUGAGGUCCACCAGGAGCUAGCCCUCCUGGAGGAGGAGGAGGGCCGUCUGGAGGCCUCCCUGGGGCACCUGGAGAGAGCCGUGCUGCUGGCCGACGGGCCGCGCAGAGAGCGCCUGUUGACCACGGUCCACCGGCUGCGCCUCAGAGCCACCCUGUACAGCGCCCCCAGCAGGCCGGAGGACAGGGCCGCCAUGCUGCUCCAACAGGCAAAGGACAAGGCCCCAAAAGACAGCAUUGACAUUCGUUCCAUGCUGGUCCAAGCUGGUCUCCUCCUGGCCCCAGAUGCUUUCCAGAUAGUGCUGGAUGCGGACUGCACGCCUGAAAGCAGUGAUGGGACUGUACCUGCACUUCAGCUGUCUGCCAAGGCCAAGCAUCACUCUUGGUCGGUCCAGGGGGUGAAGGGACAUCUGGAGAGACUGGCCGAUGACAACAACGCCACAGAGAGGGUGAAUGUUUGGGCAGUGCUGGUGAAGGCUGCCAGGGGACAUGAGGUGUGGGACAUAUGCAGAGCUGCUUGCCGCUUCUGUCUGCUCUACGACGACGGCAGAUGGACUGAGAAGGGUCAGAGUCCAGAGCAAGGUUCUCUCCAGAUCAACGCCUCCUCCAGGGACGUGCUUCUUCUCCUGGCCGAAAUCUGCUUCAUCAAUGCUGAGGCCACCGUCCAGAAGCUGCAAUCGGAGGGGGUGGAGCUUAACAGUCCCGCUGUCCUGCCCCAGGACAGAGGAGGCCCCGCCUCUGAGGACCACUGGGGGGUCUACAGGGACUGGAUCCAGUCUCUGUCGGCCUAUGCCACCGCUGGCUUCCUGCGGGGAGCGGAGCUGGGGGAGGAGCUUGGCGAGUGGUGGAUGGUGGACAAUGCCGCCGUGUACCUGUGGAACUACAGCCGCCCUCUGCUGGUGGCCUGCGAGUAUCGCACCCUCCUGCCCACCUUCCAAACGCUAGUAGACACGCUUAGACGAACUGGACACUGUGGGGAUCAGGCGCUGUUGGUGCUGCUGUGUGACUGUGUGGCCCGCGGGCUGCUGCAGCCUCUGCUGGGCCGAGACGGAGUCAGGACCAAGAAGGGAGCGGGGAGGACCCCGGACAAGGCAGGCUCCACCACACAUGUUGGGGGAACCCUGGCGAUGGAGCCGGCCGCCCUAAAGGACCUGAACAAGGCUCUGGAGGUGUGUGAAUUCGCCCUGCGUCUGUCAAGCGUGGCCGUCCCUGGAGGGGCCGUAUCCAUGGUGACCAGGAAACAGGUGCUGGCCACCUGGGUUCAAAUCAAGAGGCUCCUGCAGCAGCCCGUCAGCCAGACGAAGGACAUUGGGGUAGAGUGUAAGGGAGACGAGUCCGUGGCGGCCAUGACACGCGUGCUUGUUGCCGUGGAGAUGCACUUGUGUUGCAACAGAGACGGUGUGCAGGUGGAGCCUGCGGUGCCCGGCCUCUCGUCACUCGUGCGCGCCGCGUCUGACUGUGCGUGGAGCGACGCGGCGGCGGAGCUGCAGGUGUGGAGCCAGCUGGCGUCGCUCUGUCACCAUGGCGACGACCACAACCUGGUGCUCCACUGCACCCAGGCUGCGCUGCUGCUGGAGGGCGCUGCGUCUAGAGGCGUCAGUGGUUCCCUUUACGGGCCGAAUGCAGUGAAUGAGAUGCUGAGCAGCGUGGCCAGUCUGAGGGGCCUGAGCCUGGCACACCAGUCCAGCGGAGACCUCCACAAAUACAAAGAGGCCCUGCAUGUCCUGCUGUCCAGUGUCAGCUUUGCAGAGAAGGCUCAGAGCCUGCCCCUGUGCAUGGCAGCGGCCAGACAUUACUGGAACACCUGCCUGCCACUGACCCGGGCCCCCGCAGGCCGGCAGCAGCUCCAGGGACCCCUGGAGAGGAUUCUGAGUGCCCUGUGUCAUACCGGGCCCCAACAGACUACGCAGGGUGAGGCAAAGGGCAGGGUUGCUGCGACAACCACGGCUAAAUUGGAAGAACUUACAAACGAUGAAGAUGAUGAAAUAGGCCUACGAGCGGGCAUGUACCAGAUGCUGUUUCGUAUCCACGGCGAUCAAGGCGAUUGGGAGAGAGCUCUGCAGGUGCUGGAUAAGGGUGUCAGAGAGCUGCCUCGGACCGAACACAGACUGCUCCUGUUGCAGCAGCGCACACUGGUCCGUGCACGGCUGGGCCAGAGUGUUGGGACGGACAUGCAGAGGUUCAAGGAGGAGGGGGAGCAUGUCUGUUCCUCUGUGUGGCACCAGGUGGCGCUGUGUUCCCCUGACACCCAGCAGCAGCGGGCCGGCUUCCAGAGCUCGGUGGCCGCUCUCUCAGAGCAGGGUGCAGAGGGCCGGUGGCAGAAAGCAGACCUCCUAAUGCAGUUUGCAGAGUGGCUGUACGGUCAGAACCAGCCUCUCCAGACAACCCAGCACCACCUCCACUGGGCCGUAGACCUGCUGCUGCAGCUGGACCCUGAACUGGCCCAGGAGACAGAUGACCCGUCCAAGGACAGUGGCCCCGCUGACACCUUGGGGCCAGAUCCCCCCCUACAAGCGGUGGUCAGGGGGGCCUCCAUUCUAUCGGCGCUGCAGGAUGUGAGGUGUCUGGACGGGCUGAUCAGGGCGCACACCCUGCUGGGCUUCAUGGAGCCCAGGACCUCCCCGGGCCACCAGGAGAACCUGCUCCGGGCCUACGUCUUCGUCCUGCACACCUGGAACGUGUCCAUGGCAACGGUGCGUGAGGUCCUUACCGAGAUGGCGAAGGCUCCGCCGGUGGAGCCCCCCAGCUCUGCUGCCUCCAAGAAGGAGAAGAGUGUGGUGCGAGAUAAGGGCAAGGGGAAGAAGACCAAAGAGGCACAGCAGACCCCCCGACCCCCCACUGAGGAGAAGCCUCAACAACUGUUCCAGGAGGAGGAGCUCACCCUCCCUUCCACUCCUUCAGAGUGGGCGCGCUACGUCUGUCCCCACGUGGUGCGGGAAACCUUCCGGACCAGUGGCGCCCACCACUGCAUCAGCAAACCCAGCUUCCCCAAACAGGCCCAGAGUCUGUUCUACCUGGAUCUCCUGGUCAGGGAACUGACGUCCCUCUCCCUCCCCCAUCUGAGCCUCCCUGUGCUGCACCUUGCCGAGACCAUCGCCCACGACCUUGUGGGCAGGAUGGGCCUGUCCGACCUCUACCGCCUCAGGAUUGUGAGGACCUGUUGUCAACUGGGUAUGGAGGCCCAUUCUCCUUACCAGGACGAGCUGUUGGACCUCAGUAGCCUCCGGGAACAGGAACUAAUUGACUGUCGUAAGGCAAUUUUUAUAGCAAGGCAGAGGAGGAGCCAAAACAUGCUUCCAAAACAGAGUUCCUCUGCGGAGCCCAGGCCGGAGGUACGGCUCCACCAGCGGAGAGCUGAGCUGAGCUCUGAGGGCAUAUGGCUGGACAAGGCUGAGGUGUGCCUCAGCAUUGGGCUCUAUCCAUCAGCCAGAUGGCUUCUGGUCGAGGGCCAUCUGCUGGCCAAGGAAGUGGGUCAGCAGGAGACCGAGGCCAGGGCUCUACUGGGUCUGGCGGGUUUGGCCUGUGCGGAGGGGGACCAUGGCCAGGCCCUGGAACUCCUGGACCGGGCUCAGGACCUGGGAGGGGACGAGGAGUUCUGGUACAAGCUCACACUGACCCGGGUCCAAGCCACGGCCAGCCUGGGAGACCAGGAGGCGGGUGCGAAGGUUGAUUUGGUUAUACAGCAGGGCUGUGCAGUUCUCCGCUCCGUUCUGGGCCAGCGACCCAACCGCGCUCCAAGGCUGCGCCUCUGGAUCGCAUCCCUGGAGACGAGACGUGCUGCGGAAUGCAUCCGCCUCGUGAGCCACCGGGGGCCCGGAGAGACCAUCUCAGCCGGGGAAGCCCUCAGGCUGACCCAGGCCUGCCACGCUCUCAGAGAUGCUGCCCGGGAGAGCACUCAACUGGGCCAGGAGGAGCAGGCUGCGCAGGCCCAUCUGGAGCACGCCACGGGACUCAGAGUCUUGGCCAGACACUCUGGCAGUGACGACGAGGAGAAGCGCCACCUGCUGGACAGCGUGUGCAGGAUGCAGGAGGCAGUGUCCUUGCAGGAGCAUGCUCUGCUGAGGGCAUGGAGCUGGGCCCCCUCGCAGGAGAGUCCCGGCCUGACAUUGGUGUCCAUGCGACGGCUGCAGCGCCUGCGGCUGUCUCUGGCGGAGUUGUGUCUGGCCACGCUGGAGCAGCUGCACGCCGAGGAGGAGGUCCAGGCCCACGCCCGCCGAGCCAAGACCUCCGCACAGAGAGCGCUGGAGGACUUCACCUGUCACACUCCGGAGCCGGGCUGCCGAGACCAGGAAUGGGCCAGUUCAGGGCCCGCCCUUGCACAGGUGGCCCUGGGCCAGCUGGCAGCCGUCCAUACUCAGUGCGCUGGCACCAGGGCCGGCGGUGACGGGGCCGAUGGGGCCCUCUGCUCGGCCCUGACGGGGAAAUGCCUGAGGCUGCUGGCCGCCCGGAAACACCCCCUCCACCCCUCCGACCGAUGGGAUCCAACGGGACAGGCAAACCCCUACGUGCAGAUGGAGGGAGAGCAGCGAGGAGGGCGGUCAGGCAGAGAGGGAGAGGAGAAGGAGGACAGUAAAGCCACCUCCACGAAGAGGGGAGAUUUGAAGGGAGGCAGAGUAGGGCGGUCUGCCAGCAGCAGCGAUCUGCAGGUAUGUGCUCCCCACUCCCGCCCCCAAGCUUGUACAGACCCAGGCUCUGAUGCGUGCUGUUGUUCACCCCUUCCAAUGUUGGAUCAAUGGAUCAACUGUCCUUGGAACAGUAUCCGGACAAACAUCUUAUUUUUUUUGUGUGUGUGUGCGUGUGCGUGUGCGCGUGUGCGUGUGUGUGUGUGUGUGUGUGUGUGUGUGUGUGUGUCUGCGUGUGCAUGCAUACGCACGGUUCUCCUGGGGACCAUGUUGUGCUGUGUCAUUAUUACACGGCGGAAGCAUACUGGAUCCGUGCAGGUGUUUUCCCAGGCCAGUGAGGCGCUGGCCCGGGCCAUAGGCCUUUGUCUGCAGCACGGCCUGCCCUCCUCCAUCCUGGCCGAAGCCUCCCUCAACAUGCUGGAGUGUCACGGCCAACUGGACCCAGCCAUGACUGGUCAAUACCUAGCGCUCUACCAGAGUUGCCGCAGCAGCGCUGCCAUGGCUGAGGUCCUGGCCUCAGCGUCUUCUGGGGCCUCUGGGGCCUCACGUCUCUCCUCCUUCCUGGGGCUCCUGGGUGACCUGCAUCACUCCCAGGAGGAGACCCCCAGCAGCAGGCUGAGAGCACUGAAGGAUCAUCUCACCACUCUCUCCCAGGCAUACCGCCACCUGGCCAUUAACCCAAACCACCUUAGCAUUCUGGGAGAGCUGCCGCCAAACCUCACUCUCCUGCUGCUGCAGCACAACCAGGACGGGUCUAAACUUUAUGGAGCACUGUAUGAAAAGGUCGAGCCUAUGGAUCAUCAAAAAGGCAAGGCAGCGCAAUCUACAGCAGCGGUGCUAACAUGCACUAGGGUGGCUAAGGUGCAGGUCAGCCCAGGGAUGCUGCUGGCUUUGCGGGGAAAUAUUCGGACCUUCGCCAAACAGACUGGGGAGAUCCUCUUGGACGAGGCCCGUCGGCACAGCAAUGAGACAGGGCACGCCCCCCAGUCUUCCAGAGCAAAAACCCUGAGUGGAGAACAGGAGCAGGCGGCUCAGUUCAGAGCUGUCGUGGAGGCGAUGGAGAACUAUCUGCAUCCCAUCAUCUCUCAGUUGGACUGCUCCCGCUUCAGUAACCCCAGGAAGAAAUCUCCUUCUGGGCACGCCCAGGAGUCAGAGAGACUAGAAGAGAAGGAGGAGAAACAGAAGGGAUUGGCUAAAGAUCAACCUGCCUGCCCUCCCCAGGACCCGGGGGUGUGUGUGGUGCUCCUGGCUGACCAGUGGCUGCAGGAGCUGCCGCUGGAGGCCCUGUCUGUCCUGCAGGGCCGGGGGGUCGGCUCCGUGUCCCGGGACUUCUCCCUGCAGCUCCUCCACGCUCGGCUGCACCGGGACCAGCCUGAGAAAGUUGAAGGUGACAAUAAACAAGAGACCAAAGGGGCCAAGGCGGCCAAGGGGAAGGGAGAUCAAAGCAGAGCCAUCAAAGUGCCUCCAGUAAACCGCGUGCUGCCUCCCCACGCUUUCCCAGUUGAUGCACAGGAUUUUAAAUAUAUCGUCGACCCCUACAAUGACUACAGCAACUACGAGGGCGGCAGUCUGGCUGAGAGGAUGAAGGUAACUCUGGACGACCACAGCCAGCAAGGUGCUUCUCUCUGGGAUGGCUUCAUGGGCAGCAGCAGACACACUCCAAGUCUGGCCCAGGUUGAGCAGCUCCUGGCCGGGUGCAGCGGCUUCAUCUACCUUGGGACGGAGCGCUUCAUGGCCAACGUCCCCCCUGUCAAGCUUGCAGCCAUGGAUCUCUCUGAGUGCCACUUAGCGCUGAUCUUCGACCUGCUCCAGAACAGAGCCAGUGCUGCACGCCAGUCAAACCUGGACCUGCAGAAAAGUGCAGGGCGGCUGGCCCUGGAGGGGCCCGUGGAGACGGCCCUGCUGCUGAGCCUGUGCGGGGUGCGCUGCGUCGCCUUGCACCAGUGGCACAGCUCCCCUCGGACCCACGCCCUUAACGUGGCCGCCCUGUUGGACGGUCUCCUGGCGGCAGGGCUCUCCUCUGGCCAGGCGCUCCACAGCCUGAGGAAAGGGGACAGAGGCCCCAGUGGGGCUCCCCCGUCUAAUGAGUCUACAGCCAGUGGCAGUUUGGGUGGUGUGUACCAAAAGGCAGAUGUUUCAUGGUCAUCUUUUAACUGUAUUCUGUAUGGGAUUCCUAACUUGGUAAUUGAAUUACACACUUGAAUUCCCUCCCUAGAUGAAUUCAUGUUUAUUUAUGGAAUAGGUGCCCCAUGUUUUUGCAUGAAAAUAACGUGUACACACAGUAAUGUGCUUUACCAAAGUAUAACAGUUCUUAGUUACGAUCGUUUACUAGUUAGUUUAGUUUUUAGAUGGCCUUUAGCUGAUAAUCUUUAAGUGUACGUCAUGUUCCUUUUGAUGUUUGAUGUUUUUGUUGUUGUUCCUUAUAUAACCUAUUUUAUAUGCAGAUGUAAAAUGUGUGUGACAAAAAACAAUAACAUUCCAAAUGCAAGGAGCAUGGUUAUUUACCAAAGAGGUAAGAAGAUGAUAGCAUGCAGCCUUCCUAUUCUCAGGGGGUCUUCCCUUACCUAGAAGGAAGGCCACCUACCAGGAAUAAAGGUGCCGACUGUAGGGAUAUUUAAAGUGACCUAUAGUUAUUGUUUUUGAAUUAGCCGCCUUUGAACCCUUUUAUGUUUGUAAUUUCCUGUGUUAAUCUGUGACAUUUUACUUGAUCUUUGACACCUCAGUAUUUCACGUAUAACAAUUGUUCAAAUCGGAGAGGUCUCACAUGUUCCAGAAGGGAAGACUGUUUUUCAGACACGGUGUGUGAUGCUGAUGGUGAGCAUUCAGGGUGCAAAAGUUCUCCCACUGGCCUUUCAAAACAACAGAUUAGCAGGCCAUUUGGACAAUGCCCACAUGAUGGUUUAAUUUUCUUUUUUUUUUCAUGGAUUGGGAAAUAAAAUGCAGAACUCCAAGCAGGUGUGUUGCGUUGGCUGGUCCGCCCACAGCCCAGGGGGGGGGUCAGAUAAGCCGCGGCCUCAGUUCUCAUGGUAUUCACUUUGUGAUAUUUAACUCAUACCUUUCUGAUGUUGAUACUUGUGCCGCAACACUCCUCAACAGUCCCUGUCGCAUCAAAACAGAGUCAACAUGCACACCGCAAACCCGGUUCAUCGCAGUGCAUCACUGGAAUUAGACAUGGCUCACUUUAAUUCCAUUAAAUCGAUUUGUAAUUAUUUUUAAUUUGGGAGGAGAUGUGGGGUUAGCAGAGUAUGUAAUUCCAAACAUAGUCUGAUAAUCCUCUAUAUUCUAAUGGUGGAGAUAUUAUCCCCACUGAGUUUUAAUGAAAGACGUUUUCCCGUGGUAAAUUAUGAUGCCACAUUGUUCAUCGAUGACAUGGACCAGCGAUGCAUGACAGUUUUGUGCAUCAACCAAAUCGAUUAGAGUGAGCUUCGAAUUCCAACCUUUAUACAUUAAAUACCUGUACCUUAGUGGUGUGGUUCCACCUUGGGGGGGAUUAUUGUAGAGCUGUCUCCAAAUAGGAAGGGAAUGGAGUCAGGCCCGCCUCAGCUGCUGAGGGUCUGAAAGGUCAUCCCCUCAGCAAACAGAUUUUUCCUGCUGGAUAAUUGCUUUUUCUGGUUUGCUUCUGGAAAAUUAAGCUCAUUUGGGCGGAAGAAAUUUCCAACCUUUCUGAGUCCACAGAAAUCCCAAUCCACUGUCAAUAAAGGUGCAGGUGAGCUGUGAAUCCUGAUGAUGUCACGUAUGGAGUGUCUUGGAGCUGGCCAUUUGCUCAGCGUCGGUAAGAAGAGGCAGAUUCUCACAUACCGUAUGGAUUGGAUUUUGGGGCUAGAGAAUAGGAUUUGUGGGGGAAGGGGGAUCUGCCUUAGAUCAUAGUAUUUUAUUAUUUAUUGUAGUAAUUGUAGAGUAUAUUAAAUCCUAUUGGUAGCGAUGUACACCAACAAGAAGCCUUGAAGUGACUUGGCUCAGCAAGGACCACUGAGGAAGACCUCUGUACCUCUGUAAGGUAAACAACACUCGAAGGUUGGCCCUUAGGGGGAUAGGAAUGUUAAAGUAAUGCAUGUUUGGUAUUUUAGAAAGAGUCUGACGAAGGUGUGCGCAGCAUAGAUGCAUCGUACUGCUCUGUUGAAAUCAUUCACCGGAUGACUGUUCCCUUCCUCCAAUAUCUACAAUGAGAGCCCUGUGGAGCCCUUUGUUCUGUGAUUGCAAAGUGCUUCCGUGCUGCUUAUGAUUGAAGCCCAACCAGCGGCCUCCAAACUAACCGCUGAUUAUCAACCCACGUGCUAUGAGUUAUGCUAUUGAGGCGCAAUGAACUCGAGCCAAAGGGGUUAUUUUAGUUCAAACCUGCGUGCCAUAAACAGCGUAACCCCAGGAGGGACUUUUAUUUUGACACACACAAACAGAUCAUCAACAGAGUAUUUAGAUUGAAACAUAAUUGUCUGCGUCGCUAUCACGGCGUCAUUCAAUCAGUAGCGCUGUCCGUUUAUAUAUGGUCUGCUUCACAGAACCUUCAAACCAACAGACAACACUACAGCCAACAAUCAGAACUCUUUCUGCACCACAGGCCUCUUAACACUGAACAACCCCAAGUAGUCUGCAUCAUCCCUGUGCAUGGCUCAGUGUUUCCGCUAGAAAAAAUUGGUGCCGGUCAUGUGACA